AUGCUACCAUUGAAGCAUGUAGUAACCAAACACAAACACAAAUUCAAACUCAAACCCGUCUUUUCAUCUUCCAAUUCAAUUCUCAAUCAAAUCCCAAACUUUCACUAUGCAUCAUAUACAUCACUUUCUUCACCAACAACAUCUUCGUUUUCCAUCACCCAAAAUGACGUCGCCUCCACCUUCAGCACGUGGUUUGAAAUCCACCGCCAUUCCAAAGACCCACUCCUCAUUCGAAUCUACCAGAUUCUCUCUUCCGGUGACGAUUUCUCACCUUCUCUUUCUGCCCUUUCGCUUCCUCUAUCUGAACCCGUUGUUCUUCAUGUCCUCCGUCAUGGAGGAAACAAUAAUGAAAUUCUCUCGUGUCUCAAGUUCUUCGAUUGGGCUGGUCGGCAGCCUGGUUUCAAUCAUACACGAGCUACUUUUGUAGCGAUUUUCCGUAUCCUGACCCGGGCUAGCCAUGUGCCGUUGGUUCUUGAGUUUCUUCAAACGUUUCGGAAGCGUGUUUUCGCUCAUCGGGUUCGUUUUAAUGAUACUCUUGUUGUUGGUUAUGCUAUUGCUGGUAAACCUGAAGUUGCACUCCAUGUGUUUGGGAAAAUGCGUUUUCAGGGGCUUGACUUGGAUGGGUUUUCUUACCAUAUUCUACUCAAUGCACUUGCUGAGGAGGAUUAUUUUAAUGCUUUUCGUAUUGUUCUUAGUCAGAUUCAAAUGAAGGGCUAUGCGACUAGUGUUACCGAUGCUAUUGUUGUUAAGUUUUUGUGUAAGCAGGGUAAGUUGGAUGAGGCUGAAGACUAUCUCAACUGUUUGUUGGGGAGUGGGAAAGAACUGCAUGGUUCUGAGGUGAGUUUUCUUGUUGGUUCGUUGUGUGAGAAUAAUAGGUUUGACCAUGCUGUUGAGUUGGUCAAGGAGUUUGGGGACUUGGGGUUGGGUUCUUUGGAACAAGUUUAUGGUGUUUUUGUAAAGGGUCUUGUGAAGGGUGGUAGGUUGGAUGAGGCUUUAGAGUUUUUUAGGCAGAAGAGAGAUUCUGAAGGGUAUGCUCCUGGUUCUCAGAGGUAUAACAUGUUGAUUUGUAGGCUUUUGAGGGAGAGCCGACUUCAUGAUGUCUAUGGUUUGUUGAUGGAUAUGAAUGAGUCUUCUAUUCCACCUGAUAUGGUUACCAUGAAUGCUGUCUUGUGCUUCUUUUGCAAAGCUGGGAUGGUGAAUGUUGCGCUCCAGUUGUACAAUUCCAGGUCACAGUUUGGACUGAAUCCGAAUCAAAUGGCUUACAAGUAUUUGAUACUUACUCUGUGUUGGGAUGGGAGUGUUAAGGAGGCGUGCACUGUGCUCAAAAGUUCUCUCAGUAAUGGGUUUUUUCCUGAUAGGCAAGCUUUUACCACAAUUGUCCAUGUGCUGUGUAGAGAGUGCAAGGUUGAUGAGGUGAAGGAGCUGAUCCAUCUUGCCUUGGAGCGGGAUUUCACGCCGAGCGCUGUCACAUAUGACAAGUUUAUAACGGCUUUGUGCCGAGCUGGAAGAGUGGAAGAUGGUUAUGUGGUGCAUGGGGAGCUUAACAAUGCCGCUGCCAGAUUCUCCUACUCUAAGAUGAUUAGGAGUUUUAUUAAGUCAAAUAGGGGAGACAUUGGUGCUCGCCUUCUUGUUGAAAUGAAAGAGAAGGAUUUUGUACUAACACGGACCUCAUGCAGAGCUGUUAUAUGCAGUUUACUUAAUAUGGAUAAUCCAGUAUCACGUGUUUUCAAUUUAUUAGACAUGCUGACUCAUGGUAAACCUGAUGUUCAGAUUUUCAACUUUUUCAUUGACGGAGCUGGGCAUGCCAAUAAGACAGAGUUGGCCAGGAAUGUAUAUGAGUUGAUGAUAAGGAAUAACAUUGUGCCAAAUAUGGUUUCUCAAAUUCUUGUGUUGAAUAGUUACUUGAAAAGUGGAAUGAUUUUUGAUGCUUUGAAUUUCUUUAAUAGUCUCCGGCGUCAGGAUGUGGUCAAUCGAAAAUUAUAUAAUUCCGUGAUUAUUGGUCUCUGCAAGGCUAAUAAGGCUGACAUUGCACAUGAUAUCUUAUUUGAAAUGUUAAACACUCAAUUAAAUCCAAGCAUUGAAUGCUAUGAGUGUCUUGUGCAGGCGCUUUGCUCAUUGAAAAGAUAUCAUGAAGCGAUAAAUCUUGUUCACGUGUAUAUGAAAAUGGGACGUCGAUUAACUUCUUUUCUUGGCAACGUACUUCUUUUUCACUCUUUGAUAUCGCCGGAUGUCUAUGAUACAUGUGUUCAUUUAAGAUGUGCAACAGAGGGAGAAAGUUCUCCUAUUUCUACACUGAGCUUUGUCAUUGGUGCAUUUUCUGGUUGUCUAAAAGUAAACCAUUCUAUUGAGGAAUUGGAGGAAUUAAUAGCGAUGUGCUUUCCGCUUGACAUUUACACCUACAAUCUUCUGCUGAGAAGAGUAACCAAUUAUGAUAUGGACCAAGCUUGUGAGUUGUUUAAUAGGAUACGUCAAAGAGGUUAUGAGCCUAAUGGUUGGACUUAUGAUAUUAUGGUGCAUGGUUUCUCAAAUCAUGGGAGAAAUGACGAAGCUAAGCACUGGGUCGAAAUAAUGCACGAAAAGGGAUUUUAUCCGACAGAGAAUACUAGAAGAAAUGUAAUAAAAAGUUUUUUCCAAUGA